UGAUCUUAAAGGUGAGAAGCUUAAUUUAUUAAUGGAAAUGAUUAAAGAACGCAUCAAUAUGCUGAAUGAAAAUAAGUUGAAGAGAAGUGAAAUACAUAAACGAUACUUACGGAUACUUGGAGUUAUUCUUCCAACAUAUAUCUUAGCAUCAAUUAUUUGGAUUGCUGCAAAUAUUAUCUUCUAUAAAAGACAAAAACAAAAAUUAGAAAAUGGUGGUAAAGAAAAUACAUUUGAUCGAAAUCAAGAAAGACAACGUCUACUGGAGCGAUAUAAUCAAAUUCCAUCACCUAAUUUGACAUUCCUUGAUCAAUCAUCCAUACCUGUAACAGAAUUUACUGAUGAUGAAAGUAAUUUGAACAAUCUAUCGGAUCAUUCUUCAUUUGAAGCCAAUCGUGCACGUGUAGAAGCAAUUCUAAAACGUAACAAUGAACCACAAUUUAUGAGAAGAAUUUAA